AUGGACUCUCAGCUCGACUGGGUGUUUCACCCUCACGCUCUUCAACCACCGUUCCCGCACCGUACAAAGAGCGACUCUGAGCUAGACCCCAGCAGACGCUCUUCGGGUUAUAUAGAUCCUUUUCCGGGUCGGGCGUCGACGAGUGCCAUGCCUCUCAUACCGCUUCCUGAACCGCCUGCACCUCACCCGCUCGCCAAUACCUACUUUCCGCCCAUCCUGCCCUCUCGCCCAAGACCGAAACCAGCAGCAAAACCCCGCCUCGCCGAAAUCCUCCUCCCUAAUCCUCCUCUCCGCACGUCCCACUCCCUUCCUCUACUCAAACCGCCUCCCACCCCGCCGGACGACGAUGAAGACAAGCCAACGAGGUUUCGAAAGAUGAAGCGGAUAGGCUCCGGGUUGUUGGUGAAAGUGGGGUUGAAGGAGGAUCUAGAGUGGGAGGUGGUGCCUUCGCCUGCAGAAGUCCCGGGGCCAAAGCCGGUGACUGUCCGAGCGGAAGAGGCGCUGAAAGAGAAGAGGCGGUCGACGAUACCAUGGCCGCCUUCGCCUCAUGCUCAAAGACGAGUCAGCUCGACAUUCGGUUCCCCUCGACCUCUAUCAUUCCCAUCCUUCUCGUCUUUUCUCAAUACGACCUCGGGAGGCAACCGUGAUUCAGGCUCGGCAGAGCAGUCGGGCUCGAGCAACGAUCACGUCGGGCCAGCGAGAAAAGAGUCGGGAUCUGGAGAGAGCGCAAUGGACAACUACCUCUCUUCCUUCCCUUACCCGCCUACGCCUUAUGUCGGCUUGUUUGAACGCCGGCAGAGCGAAGAAGACCCGCCCAUCCCCGCCGGUCAUCCCUUCAGCCCCGGCGCCAACAAGCCAACGCCCAAACAGUCGCAGACGCCCAAGAUGCCUUCAGCGGGUACAUGGUGGUGCCAAGCGACUCCGAGCGAGAUACCUGGUAACGCAAGCGGCGUACCCCCAACCCCACCUUCGAGCCGUACCCCGCGCGUGCCCCUCUCUCCUCUAUCCCACAAGAACCGCCGUCCGUCCUCCCAAAGCUUCCCCCGGACCGCAUCCCCGACUGCUAUCACCCAACGCCACCGCCACCCCUCGCUCCCCAUGCCCCUCACCCCACCCCACUCUCUCCCUCCACUCCCAUCCCUCGCCGAACUCUUAUCCCUGCUCUCCACCCUCCUCCUCUUACGCGAAGUACUCCACAUCCAUGCGCUCUCGUCGCAGAGGGUGUUGGAUGCGUAUAGAGACGAGUUGCCGGGGUUUGUGUUUCGGGAUUUGGGGAGGCAGAUUGAUCGGUGGUGGGAGACGUGGAGGGGCACGUUAAAUGAUUACGGUUCCCGGACUUCCAGCCUUAUCCUCUCUACCCCUUCCCCACCUGCUCCGCCCACACCAGCGCCUCUACCAUCCCAAAUCCCAACCAAACCAAUCCCCCCGGCUCUCACACAGGAUACGUUACAAGAAACGAUCUGGGCUCUCGAAGAAGCUGGCCAAGUACCGUCGUUCACUUUUGCGCGGAUGUUUGGCCGUGGGCCUGGGGUGCGGGUGAGGAGGAUGGAAGAUGAGGAAGUAAGGGAGGCGAGCCGGAGGGGGAUGAGGGAGUGGCAAGAUGGGGAGUGGGGGUUGCUGGAGAGGGAUCGGUGGAAGGAGGUUGCGGUUGGGUAUGGGAGGAGGGGAAGGCAGCAGGGGAGGAAGAGUAGUAGUGUUAUUUGA